GACGUCAGGCCGUGCGGCCGGUCUGGGACCAGGCGGCGGCUCGCGGAGGCGCUUACCCUAGCGUGACGCGAGGACUCCGCUCCCCCGCGGCCCGCCCGCCUGCCGGCCUAGCCGCCGCCUCCUUCGCUCCCUGAGCGCGCCAGGCGAGGGCCAGCGGCUGGGGCGACGCGGAGCGGAGAGGGCGGGCAGGCGGGCGGGCGGGCUGUGGAAGCGCCGGUCUCUAUAUGGCGGCGGCUCUGUCGGGCCUGGCUGUCCGGCUCUCGCGCUCGGCCGCCGCCCGCUCCUAUGGGGUCUUCUGCAAGGGGCUGACUCGUACACUGCUCAUCUUCUUCGACCUGGCCUGGCGGCUGCGCAUCAACUUCCCCUACCUCUACAUCGUGGCUUCCAUGAUGCUCAACGUCCGCCUGCAGGUUCAUAUUGAGAUCCAUUGAAGGCCCUCCUGUACUGACAAAGGCGUGACCUCAGGCCCAUCCCAUCCAAGAACACGAAGCAUGAGGGACAGAAGAGGGCCCCUUGGCACCUGCCUGGCACCAGUGCAGCGGGCCAGAGGAGAUGAUUUGGACAAACUAUUACACAGCCUUAAGAAAAGAAUGCUGAAGGAGGGCCCCUGGCCUGUAGAUGCACCCUCCUGGAUCAAUAAGCCUGCGGUUGGCAGAAAUUCACAGAGUGCUGCAUUAUCACUGGAAAUGAGAAAGGAUCCUAGCGGGGCUGGCCUCCGGCUUCACGGUGGUGACCUAGUGCUUCCACAUGUGAAAGAAUCAAUAAGAAAUCUAGCCUCAGUGGCUGCUCCGAGUGCAGCCAUGGGUUUGUUCUCUGCUCCAACAGAGUGUUUUGCUGGGGUGUCCUGCAGUGGUGUUGAAGCUCUGAGGUGGGACUGGCUGGGAGGAGGGCCCGAGGCCACCAACGGCCACAAAGGACAGUGCCCCAAAGGAGAGCCUCGGGUGUCAGGACUGCCACACCAUCAAAAACUGCAGGAAAUGGGAAGUUGUCAGGAUGACCCACCAAGUGCUUUUCUCGAGG